UAUACGAUCUUUGGUUGGGACGUCCAACUUCAACACUCAAUUAUUUUGACGAGUCAUUGGGCAUGUUGCAUCGUAAUUAAUUUCUUAGUCCUGGGGUCCUAGUGCUAGGAGGUAGCUACAAUAGCUUCAUCAGUAGCCUGAUUUCGAUGUCACCGUGCACUUGUGUUGGCCAGGUUCUUGUGACUACUGUCGUGCUAAUAAUCUCGCUGAUUGUUGGAUACACAGUUCUACUGCCCGUCGAAAACCAACAACUUCUCGAUAGCAUGGCUAGUAAUAUAGAUGAAAAGAUGAAGCUCUUUAAAGACAAGAACCUGACUGCCUUUAUCGUUGGUCAUACUGGGGAAGUUGGUAAAGAAGUAGUCAAGGAACUAGCCAGAAGUAAGAUCUUCAGUAAAGUCUUUCUGGUUGGGAGGAGAGAAGUCAAGUAUGAUGACGAACUCUUCAAAGAUUUCAGUAUGGAGCAGAAGAUUGUUGAUUUUGACAAGCUGGAUGACUUCGCUGAUGCUUUUAAAGAUCACAGUGUUGGUAUCUGCUUAAUGGGCACAACUAAAGGCAAAGCUGGCAAGGAAGGAUUCAAGAAAGUUGAUUAUGACUACGUUAUGAAUGUUGCUCGACUAGCUAAGGCAGGAGGAUGUCAACAUUUUAACCUGAUGUCAUCAACCGGUGCUAACAAAGACAGUUCAUUCCUCUACCCAAGAAUCAAGGGACAAGUUGAAGCAGAAACCCAAGAGCUUGGUUUUGAGAGACUGUCUAUCUAUAGACCAGCUCUCCUGUUGUGUAAUAGACAAGAGAGUCGUCCAGGGGAGUGGUUGGCUCAGAAGCUACUAGCCCCAAUGGAGUAUCUAUCUCCGGGUACUAUGACCUCACCUACCACUACAGUAGCCAAGGCCCUCAUUAAUACCAUCAUAUCACAAUCCACUCAAGCAAUGGAGAUGUUUGAUUCUAAGUCUAUCCAAAGGAUAUCCAAGCCUCAAACCGUGAAAGGAAAAGCAGAAGCAGCGAAACAAUCAGAGCCUAAAAAUGAAGCACCAGAGACCCAGAAAGAGAAACAACCUGACCAAGAGUGAACCCAACACAAGGCUAAAAGACACUCUUGCUUUACAUCACAUGGGUUGUGGGUACUACAUGUACAUGUAAUUGAAACCCAGUACAUGCACUAACAAUUGUUUAUUUUAAAACAUGACCAAAUCCCUUGGAGUUUAUGACACCACAAGUACCCUUUCACACUUUGCCAAGGUCCCUGCCUAGGUCUCUAUUACACAGGGUUCCAGUUGCAGGUUUCAAGAAUACCCCUUGGUUUUACCGUUACUCAAGAGCAGGGAUGGACAUUCUCCGGGUCCAACUGUGAUAGAGCUGUCCAUUUUUCCCUGCAGAGCAGUGUGAAAACAGCUAAAGUGCGAAAGGAGUUAAGUUCAAAACUGGUUGUGUGACUCAAAUCAUUAACCUCAAGUUAUUUAAAAUUUGUAGUUCUUACCGUUCUUACUUUUUGACAAUCACGCACACACAAAAAAAGUUUCAGUGUUGGUUUCUAAUCAUUUGUAUUCCUAUUUCUGGAAUUUCAUCUGUCAAAGGGCAAGGUCCCACCUUUUGUUAUCUUGCAAAGAACCAUCAAGGCCAACACUGGUCAAGACAGUGGGCAACAGUAGCAAUGUAACUCCACACCUGCAGUGACACCUUUAACAAACAAAAAUUGUCAAUGGUUGAAAAGAAUUUAGACUGCACAGAUGAUUUUAAAUAAUGAUGCAAUGUCAAAAUUGUAAUCAUUGUGUGGCAACCUUUAAUAUCUUAAUACUUUGUGUCACACUAAUUGUAUUGGAACUUUUCUUGCAGGGUACACAGAUAAAUACAAAUGUAUGUUUGUACUAGUUUGUGUAUUUGUAUAUCGUAGGUUUCGCACAGUGGGGGAUACGAGUAUGCAUACAGAUAUCGAAUCGUACGCGUUCGCGUCAAGUGAGCUGUAGUUUUGUUUCGCAAAAUUUUAACGAAUACCCUCAACUUGAGGCUCAAGAGAGCGCUAUUAACCAUGGACAAUCGCCAUUUAUCUUUUUCUGAAGCAUGGUGGUUAACAAAUGUCCAACUACAUCCAUGUAUGAUACCUCUAAUAGACGUGGUGAAAACCUGGUGCAUUAAAAAAAAAACAAUCCGCUACAAAAAUAUAAACAAAAACAUACUCGUUGUUUGCUUACGUGUAUGGCGACAGAUUCCCGUUUUGAGCAACUUUUCUUGUGUACGUCACAUUGACCUCAAAAAGUGAUGACGUAUUAUGACGUAUCCGUUCACGUAAGAGUAUCAAUGACUCUGCAAAACCUCUCUAUUAUUUACUUCCUACCACUAUUAUCUUCAAAUUGUGUCAGUUUAAUGUAAAUUUGUGGACAUUGUGUAUUGUGUCCUACAAAAGUAACCAAAUUCUUUAAAUGAUAGGCAACAUUUGUAUGUGAUUAGUAUGAAAUUGAUAUAUAUAUAUAUACAUGUUUAAACUAAAUAUAUUUGUAUAUACACAUUGUAAGCCAAUAUAAGAUCAAUUAAAUCAAGUACAUGUAUAUCAGGAAAUUGUACUAGAGAAAAUGAUUGCUUCACUAAGGGCAGACAUUCAUCAAGCUGAUGUAACGAGUCAGUCACAACAAUGUCAAUAUUUUCUCAAUCGGGAAACUUUGAUGAAUUAAAAGAUUUGUUUUUUAAAAAUCAAAAAUAAUGUAUGAUGUUAUUUACAUAUAAUUUAGUAGUUACCUUUCACUCCUAAGUAAGGAGCUUAAUCGGAAUGGUGACCAUGUACAAUGUCGAACUGUCUUUUACACUCUUUUGUUUGGUAGCAUAGUGGGUGUUGUAUGCAGGGUUUGGACUAAUUGGUCAGAACUUGGAUGUUAUACUUUAAUAACACUGUCUAAGUUGGACACACGCUAAAUCAUUAUUCCCCAGCACAGGCUUGUAUCUGUUGAGAUACAAAACUAUAAUGAUUGGAAAUAAAUGUCCAACAUUGCAGCCAUUGAUAAGUGAGAAACGAAGUACAAACAACAAGUACAUGUACAUGUAUAAUACAAAUUGAGUACACGUACAUGUACAUUGUACAGUAGGUCUCUUUGUUAGUACAUGUAUGUGUGGUUCUGAAAAGAUCUGUAUGCUGUGAACACUGCAACAUUAUCUGGUUGGCUAAAGGCCGAGUCACACUGCAGCGAUAAUGAAAACGAUAACAAUCACACCGCAGAGAGAACACAAUUUAUUGGUUGUAUUGCUCCACGCAAAAUAUGUGCAUGCUCAUUCAACCAAUAUAAUGCACUCUGUUUGCGUCGUGAGCGUUAUCAUUUGCGUGAUCGCUGCGGUGUGACUCGGCUUAAGAGGUACUCUAUCUUUCCUCGCCUUGCACCUCUAGGAUCCUGGUUGGAAACCUGCAGGGGCACAACGUGGAUUGGGUUUUCAGUACCCACCCGACUGCGUGGCUUUUUCCUGGAAUAGUUCUCAGUUUUUUUUUUGCCCACAUCUGAAAUUGAAACCUCCUUCCUUGUCUCCUAUCCAUUGUGUUCUUGGCUGGUACCGGUAUGGUUACCUGAGAUAUUCGGCCCCGGUCAGAUUUACACAAAUGCCAUGGUGGCCAUUGAGUACUGCAGCCAGUAGACCGUCAGGAAACGUGUUUAAAUGAGUCGUCAAGAGCAACUUUGUUUCAAAUUUAUUUCAUUUAACAUACACAAACGCACUUAUCAUCUGUUAUGCUUAAUUGGCAUUGAAUUGUGCCUUGACCCCUAACUCAUUUCUAGUGUUGAUUUCAUACUCUUUUCCAGAGAUUGAAGAGUCCGUUUAAAGCCAUUGGACCCUUUCGGUACAGAAACAAAACAAAAAAUCACAGAUUUACAAAUAACUUACAGGG